UCAAACGCCCGCCGUUUUGUUUUAGGAAUCCAGCAGCAUUCCUAUUGGUUCAGGGCAUCUUCCAACCAGAGUUUCUGUUUAUCGCGGGGCGCGCCUCACGGACACGCUUCUCAUUGUAUUUAUCAAACCAAUGGGAGAGUGCGUUCCCCUACUGUCCCUCCUUCGCUCGUAGUUGAGUGGCACUAGCGGAUACAGUGGGAGAGUUUCUGUGUGGAUGUACGAGCUUAGAUUCACUAGAAGCCUGUACUUCUACGAUGCAUCUCUAUACCUCAACUGCACACUACAAUCUGCAGACUAGGAUGUAACUAUUUCCACAUGUUUUCCUUUUUGUACGCCGCAUUUUUUCCUUUGUAUAUUUUUGUACAUUUUUUAAAAAUAAUUAAUUGUUAUGCAAGGAAUAACUUACCAAACAUGACCGGGACAUACUUUUUGGUGGGCAAGGCAAAUACUCGAAUGAGUUCAAGACGACCUAUCCGAAGUUCAUAAAAGGGAUUAUUGAAUCUAGACAGCGUUCGAUGCUUCUGGCUUUUCCUCUGGAUUUGGGAUUUAUUGCUUCUCGACAGAAUGGAAAGCCGGGAUUUCGCUCCUCCACACCACCUCUUGACAGAGCGGGGCGCGCUGGUUCACCACGCCUCCUCUCGGAUAGCUUCUGGCGGCCGAGGCACGGUGCAGCACCCCGCUCACUUCCAGCCUGGAAAGUACUAUUCCUCUCACAUCGCCAUGGCCCCACAUUCAGGUGGUUCGUUCAUGGGCUCGUUUCUGGCCAGCAGUUUGGGCUCUCCCCCGUCUCACCCUGCCUCCCCUUCCUCCCCCUCCUACAGGGGAGGACCUCACUCCAGCGCCUCCCCCAUCUGGUUCCCUCACUCACAUGAAGGGUAUCCCCGGUAUUCAGGAGGUCUGACUUCCCCCUUUCUUCCCAUGAGCUCCUUGGAUCACCAUAGCAACAGCAGCAUUCUCUACGGACAGCACCGCUUCUACGACACUCAGAAAGAUCAUUUCUACUUGCGAAGCCUGCCGUCCCAGUCCCCUCUUCUCUCAACCAAUCACAGCCUUCCGCCACUGUCUAGGACUGCCCCCGGACAUCCUCUGGGGUCCUGCAGCAGAGAAACAGACUCUGGGGGAGGAGGAGGUGGAGGGGGUCUCCAAAAGAGCUCCAAGGAACUGGGGAUGGUGGAAAAGAGUGUGUCGAAAGAGAGAUCCAUCAGCAAAGAGAGACACCAGGAGAGCAAAGAGAGACAUCAUCAUCAACACCAUCAACAUCAGCGUCAUCCGUUCUCUCAACCCCACUCCCUCCCCACUCACAUGGGUGAGGAGGACCACAGACACAAAACCCCCAACCUGCCCACAGAAUACAAGGACGACCCCGCAAACCAGGGCUCCAAACACAACUGUGCUCAACUUAGCAAACUAUCCAACGGAGAUUCUGUGUCCAAGGACGGGUCCCUGAACAGCUGUGGGAGUGGAGGGGGUAGCAGACCCCAGGGGAGUGGUAGUGGGGGGACGAGGCGAUGCUCCAAGGAAGGGGGGGUGAGCGGGGAGAUGAGGAUAAGCGAAACUCUCCCCUCCUCCUCGUCAGACUGUCUGCGUCGCGCAGCCAUGAUGGGACCCCACAACCCCCAUGCCAUGGCUUCCUACUCCAUGCCCCCGCCCCCUCCUCCACCCCUACACAUGGGCCCUGCUGUGGGAGGGGGCUGGCUGCACCACCCUCAUCACCCCCAUCACCCUCACCCUGAGUUCUACUGCCCCCCUGCCCCCGCCCCACUCACCCUCACCCAUCCUAAAGACGGAGUAUCUGGGAGGGAGGUAAAAGUCUCUGGCCCAACGUACAUCCCCUCAGUCGGGCCUUUAGGGGACAUGGGGUCCCCUGACUGCCAUGGUGCUGGAGGAGGAGGAGGAGGAGGAGGAGGUGAUAAGGGUGGAAAAGGGGCAGAGAACAGCGGAGGAGGAGGAGGAUCUAGUGAAAGUCUUCCUUCUCUACAUCCUCAUCCUGAUCGUCCUCAGUCUAGUAGCUGCCAGAGGAAGCCGCCGUCCCAGACGCAGCAGCCACAGCCACAGCAGCAGCUGGGCUACUGCAAGGCAGACAAGCCCCCGGACUGGAACCAGAACCACAACUACAACCAACACCACAGCCAGAACACCCAGCCCAACUCCCAGCCUCAGCCACAUAACCCUAACCGCCAGUCUGGGCCUCGCUCUUGCAGCCUAGAGGCUUCUUCCUCCAGGGGAGACCUGGAGGUCCUAGAGGUCUACCGGGCCUCCCUGCCUCUGGAAGCCCAGAGUGCUCACCCCAGGCCUGGGCACCAAGCCACCAAGACUGGGCCCUACGCCAGCACCCCGCCCUUCCGGGACUGUUCACACUCAGGUCCUCCUGAUGGAAGGGGGGGGUUGGGGGGGAGUGGAGGUGCCCAGAGAGAGGGACAGAAGGUUGCUAGGAUACUGCACCAGCGGCACAGUAGUCAUGGAAGCGGGUCGGGUUCUGAUGGAUCAGGGACUGAGAGGGGGAGAGAGGGGGGGAAGCAGAAUCAGAAGAGUGAGGGUGUUGUCAUGGGGUACAGGGGUCAAACUCCCCCCACGCUGCACCCCUGGGGGAUACCGAGUAGUCCCCAAGAAGAUGAGAGGAGGAUCUCCCCAUACACAGAGUCCUACCCAGAUAACAAGACUCAAAACCACCACGAUCAACAGCACUGUAAGACAGCACCUCACCCCUCCUCCCACUCCUCCCCCCACCCAGAAGGAGAGAGCAGCGCCAUGAAGAACCUGAUGAACUACAGUUCCCAGCAGCCUUUGCUGCUCUCCCAGAGGAGUCUCUUCGGGGGGCUGGGCUGCCUGAAGCCGGGGGGCGAGAAGGGGGGUAGAUCCAGCACCCCUCAGGAGCCCCCCAAACAGCCCCUACCACCCAGGAGAGGGUCCACCAGCGAGGGGGAGAGGAUGGACGGAGGGGGGAGAGGUAGAAGGGAGGCGGGGGAGACACACGGGGAGGGGGAGGUACGACAGCCCCCUGUGGGUAUAGCUGUGGCGGUCGCCCGGCAGAGAGAGCCCCCCCAACACCCAUCAGACACCUCCCCAGGACACAGCCGACAGGGCAGGGUGCUGCCCAGUGUCAAAGGUGUGUCUCGGUCUGUGUACCCGCUGGGCCGGGAGGCAGAAGAGAGGAAGAGGAUGACUGAGGAGCAGCUCAGCCUUCAUCACCUCGACCGAGACAGAGAACUCCUCAUCAGGGAAAGCCAGGAGAGAGUGGAGUUUGCCAGGAUCCACCCAUCCAGCAGUUGCCAUGGUGACCUGACCUCUCACCUUCUGGUGCCUGGCGGGGCCAGCCAAUUAGGUGGAGACCCUUCUGCUCACUCCCACCACCAUUGGAUGCAGCGGACUGGAAGUCCCUCCCUCUGGAUGGGCCAUUCAUAUGGUCUGAGCCAUGCAGCGCUGCACCAGAGUAUGGGCCCAGGGUUCGGCCCUGGCCUGCCUCUGUCCCAGGACCCCUCUGGCUCCCUGGUGGUCCUGCCCUCUGAGCCUGCACACCACCACCUGGAUGUGAUGGAGCAGUCAGCUCUGUGGCCCUCGGUCUAUGGAGCCCGAGGCCUGUCACCCCACAUGCAGCAUCACUCUGUUUACUCCCGUUCUCCGUUCCUACGACAACAGGAGCUCUAUGCCCUGCAGCACCACCACCAUCAACAACAACACAGGGCCAUGGAGCACAUGCACCGACAACACACACUCUCACAGAGGAAGGCAGAGGAAACCACUAUCACCAUUGAUGACCGUCCUCUCCAUGAGACCUCGAGAACCUCUCGUGCUGCUAAGCUCUUCUCCCACACCCCUCCCUCCAAGACUACCCCUCCCUCACAGGGGGUGUGUCCUAGCAGUCACCAAUCACCCUGCUGCCACUCCCCUUCCAGGAGACCACACCCCCAGAACCUUCUAAACCCCGCCCCCAGCCCUGCGGCUGCAGCCCCGAGAUCCCCAGCUCUAAGCCCCGCGCCCUCACACCUGUCAAAAGUAGUGGAGAGAGGGGAAAGAGGAGAGGGGCAGCCGCCUCAGGAUUACCCACAAUCCUUAGAGCCAGAUCUUCCACCAGGUUACACCUAUCCAGAAAUCGGCAUGCGUUACAAGGCUGAUCCUUCCCUAGAGGAGGCUCGAUUUGCUGAACAUGCUGAUCUAGAGGUGGAGCCAACUGAACCCUGCCCUAAGCUCUGCCCACACACCACAAGGAUUGUGGAGAAUGAGGAUGCGGGAAAAGAGAAGGAGAACGGCUGCACAGUUGUAGAAUCUAGUGGAGUUGUAGAAAGGGAACAAGAAGGAGCAGAGGUGGAUGGGCAAUCAGUAUCUGAGCCCCCACUAUUUGGAGUGAAGACCCCUGAAAUGGUGCCUUGUCCUGCCCAAGUUUCAAACUCAUCCCCAUCCCCAGCCACAGUUCCAGCUCCAGCCCCAAUCUCUGCAUCUGAGGAUGCCCAGAAAGGAGAGGUCUUUGUGGGCUGCCUGGCUCAGCCAGCUGGCUUAAAAUACUCACAACCAGCAGAGGAGAAGAAAGAGGAGGAGAAGGAGGAAAGUUCAGUAGAGUUGAAAAAUAACCACAUACCAGAUUGUAAUGAGGAGGAGAAGGAUGUAGAGGAGAAGAAGGAGAGAGAGAAGAGCAAGGAGGAGGAGCUAGAGAAGGAGGAGAGAGAGAAGAGUAAGGAGGAGGAGGUAGUGGAGAAUGAGGAGAGAGCCCCAAACCCAGCCCCACCCCCACCCCCACCCCGAGCCCAAGCCCCAACCCCAACUCCAACUCCAACACCGUCCUCUACCCUCAGUGAUGAUCCCUGCAUCUGGAGUCUGGAGCUUCUCAUCGCUGCGGCGCUGUGUGCCACCCAGGAUGAACGCUACCCCGCUAUGCUCCCCUCCACUACACCGCUGCCUGCCCCACACCCACUCCCACACCGAGGCAUGGAGAUACUGGGAGAGUUGGCUGAGCUGGGGAUACUGCAGAGGAACAGGGAGAAGGAGAGAGCGACAGGAGGAGAGGACGUUUUGACCUUUGACCUUAGUAGCCUGGCGACCCUGGCUGCGGCUCGCAGUCUGGAGCUUGGGGAAGGAGCUCCAGGGAGUGGGGAGGGGAAGCACUGUCCCGUCAGGAUGACCUUCAACCUGCGACGGAAAUGCAGCUGGAUGCCUCGCCACGAGCCGGUGUGUCCGGUGAAGGGUGUCAUGGAGACAGUGGAUGGGGCGGAGCUAGCGAUACGAGUCCAGCUAGCGGAGAUCCAGAGACGUUACAAAGAGAAACAGAGAGAACUGACAAAGCUGCAGAGAAAACAUGACCGCCAGAAAGCAGAGACCUCUCAUAGCCCUGCUCGCAGACGACCCGGUCGCCCCCGGAAACGCAAGUCUACCUCCAGUCCCAGCGCCUCAGACGGCCCCAAGAGACUCAGGGCAGAGGAUUAUGAAGCAGAUGGGAGCGGAGAGAAGCGAAUGAAGACGAUGACUAAUCAUGGCUUCCUCACGAGGAGGAGAGGUCGUCCCAGCCUGAGCUCCCGACUAGCACGGAGGGUGACCCAGCUGAAGCAGAAGGUUGUGGCCCAGAGAGGUGCACCAUCAGGGGGCAUGCACCGCCGCAGACGGGACCCCAGACCCGGAGCCCACGAAAACUGCAGAGAGAGUGGCACAGCAGCCGAUACAUCCAGUAACCAGCAGGACUGGGUGCCCAAUCAGGGGGUGAGGAGAAGGAGAGGUCGACCAAGGGUCAAACUGGGCGGACCUUCGACCAGAGUCCUCCGCAGAGGAGGUGUGGCCUCUGUGAAGCAGGAAGUGAACGAGGGGAAGAGCAACAGCGAGUGCUCAGGCCAGGAGGAGGAAGAAGAGAGGCGCUAUGACAGCGACGAAGGACUCAAUGACGUAAAUACAACGAUACCAUCCUCUAAAGACACGCCAACAAACUCUGCUGCGACUGGCCCAACCGCUAAGCUCCAAGCCAAUCAGAAAGCCAGGAGCAAGGAGGAGAGGCAAUGUGAUGAUGUGAGUAUGCCCAGUGUGGCACUGAGGAGGAGAGGAGCCCCCUGCAGGCCAGGCCCUGCUACUGUAGAUGGGAGAUGCCCAGAGCUCCAGGAGCCACAAGGGGCUAGGAGAGAACCUGUACCCAGCUGGAGAGUCUCGUUAGUGGGCAACAGCCUCCAGGACAGCAGGGGGGUCCAGGGACCAGUGGCGGAGGCAAAGAGGAAGAUCUCGGGACAACAAGGCUUUCUGGGAAAGAGGAGGGGCUGCUGGCUAGAGACUGAGACCCAGAGAGAGGACACCACCAGGGGCAGGAAGAGCAGGAAGAAGCAGGCUAAGGGGCGUGCAGUGAGCCGGCUUCUGGAGAGCUUUGCGGCUGAUGAAGGAUUCCGAUUGGACGAGGAGAGCAGCUUCUCUGAGGGGGAGGAGGAAGACAUGGAGCAUACACCUCACACACACAGAGAACCAGCACUGCUUAACUGUGUGUUGAGCAGGGAGAUGCUGGUGGAUGGUCUGAAGGUGUUGAUAUCUAAGGAGGAUGAGCUGCUGUAUGCUGCCCGACUACACACUCUGGACCUGCCUGACAUAUUCCGUGUAGUGAUCGAGGGGGAGAGAGGGAACAGGCCUAGGAUCUACUCUCUAGAACAGAUAUUACAAGAAGCGGUGUUGGACGUGCGGCCACAGACAGAGGCCACCCUGAAUGCUGGGACACGUGUGUGUGCCUACUGGAGCGAACGCUCCCGUUGUCUCUACCCUGGAAACGUCCGCAGAGGGGUUCCGGGCGAGGAGGAGAAGGGAAGUGUGAUGGUGGAGUUUGAUGAUGGAGACAGAGGAAGGAUCUCCCUGCCCAACAUACGCCUGCUGCCCAAUGGGUACCAGAUACACUGUGCGGAGCCAUCUCCAGCCCUGCUCUCAACUGGACGUUGUGGUCGCAGAAGCUCCACCCAGGACAGUAGAGACAAGCCCACAGAGGGACCAAACAAUGAAGAGGCAGAAGGAAGGAGCCAGGAGAGGAGACCAGUUGGACGACCAAAGAAGGUCAAGCCAGAGGCCAAUAGUUCAGCCACAACAUCGUCAGAGAGAGUAACCGGGGGCAACACUUCCUCGAUAAGCUGGCCGGCGAAGAGACUUCCAGCGGACUUCUUCCUGUUUAACGGGACAUCCCGUAAAACCCACCGAGUGUGUCGCCAGCGAGACCUGGGGGUGUUCCACCGCCCAGCCACACACCCCCUCACCACUCCCACACCCCUCAAGUGCAUCUUUAGUUCCCCCUUUGAGGUUGACUCUUUCAGUAGCAUCGCCAACGGUUACGCUGGAGCCUUCAGAAGUGGAACCCACCGGCCUGUUACCACGGUAACGCCCCUGGUGCUAAGUGACUCUGUCGCCGUGACAACGGCACCCUCCAACAGGAAGUCGAGUGACAGGUACAGAAAACAGUUCCUGGUGAAGCUGGACCACGAGGGCGUGACCUCGCCCAAAACAAAGAAUGGGAAAGCUCUGCUGCGUUUGGGGGGCAGCAGGGGGCACAAGGGUCCAUCUGCAGGGGCAGAGAGGGCACCUCUCAGGUACAUCCACCCUGCCCUGGUGGUGAAGGAGGGGGCACCUCUCAGGUAUAUCCACCCUGCCCUGGUGGUGAAAGACAGAAAUAAAGGAGAAAGAAGAGGAGAGAGUGGAAUGUCCAAGUCUGAGCCGCUCCUGAAAGGGGCGCCAGCCCUCAGAAAGGGGCUCCCCUCGUCUGGUUUAGUGGGUCUGGGGGGAGAGUUUGGUACUCUGGACUGCCCCAGUGACUGCCCUAGCUCUUACUCUGAGCUGGAUGAAGAUGAUGAUGAUGAUGAUGGAGAUGAAGACGUAGCUCGGAGGAGAGCAGCAGCGGCGGGCGCAGGACGUUUCCUCUCACGUCUCUCUGUUUGCUCCUCGUCCUCUUCCUCUUCCUCCUCUUCUGGCUCCCUCUCUUCUUCCUCCCUCUGUUCUUCCGACUCCUCCUACUCCUCUGACGAAGAAGAAUCUUCAUCCCUCCUUCUCCGCCGAGCACUGCUCCAGCAGCAGAAACACAAACACAAACAGAGCUUGACGUCUAACACCUUAACCUCUGACACCAAGCCCAACCCAAGCCCCUCCUCGGCAACACCACACUCCUACGUUGCAAAGGCAGCCAUGUCCGUCACCGGGGAGUCAAAGGUGAGAGGAAGUGAUAGAGGAGAGGACAGGAAGGAGUACACAUCAAAGGGGAGGACCAAUAGUAGCAGCAGUGCAUCCAAAAGCCAAACCAAGAGGAAAGGUGGACCUGUCUCCAACACACACACUCUGUCUCUCAACACACACACUCCGACCCCCAACACACACAACCCGGCCUCCCAGCCCAAACCUCCCAAGGACCACCCAGCAGAAAAGAGGCAGAGGAUGUUGUCACCGAUCCCACAUCCUAAUAUGUCCGCCCUCCCGGGUCGCCAGCUGUGGAAAUGGUCUGGAAAUCCCACACAGAGGCGUGGCCUGAAGGGUAAGGCCCGUAAGUUGUUCUACAAGGCGAUUGUGCGUGGUGGUGAGACGGUGCAUGUGGGGGACUGUGCUGUGUUCCUGUCCCCCGGUCGGCCCCAGCUGCCCUACGUGGGGCGGGUGGAGAGCCUCUGGGAGUCCUGGUCCUCCAGCAUGGUGGUCAGGGUCAAGUGGUUCUACCAUCCCGAGGAGACGAGCCUGGGGAAGAGGCAACAUGACGGAAAGCAUGCUUUGUACCAGUCGAGCCAUGAGGAUGAGAACGAUGUCCAGACCAUCUCCCACCGCUGCCAGGUGCUCAGUCGCACCGAUUACGAGCACCUGAUUCGCCGACGAAAGCCAGGGGGUGGGGCCCAGGAUCUGUUUUACCUGGCAGGGACCUACGAGCCAACCACAGGCCAGCUGGUUAGCGCCGAGGGCGUGGCCAUCGUCCCCUAGCAACAACUAUGGAGUGUAAACAAAACAAAGCCUUAAAGAUGGCAGCCUCAUCUCUCCAGGAUGAAUCCAGCUACUGGUGCUGGUGUCAGUGAAGCAUGGUUCUGUCCAAAUCUAGAAGACUUUGGAAACGAGGACCUUCCUUGGUUCUAGUUCCUGCUGGUUCUGGAUCUUGGUUCUGGGUCCUAUCUAGGUGUGGACGAUCCCAACCCAAAAAUGGAUAACAGCACUUUGGACCUCAGCACUGAAGUCAUCUGAUCUAAUGUGAUCUGAAGAGGGACUACAGUACUCUACUGAUCUUCUGAAACUGACAGACAGUGUCCUCACUACAUGUUGUUUUACUGUCUGUCAUAGAGUCAAAAACUGUCAUAGACUGACUCUCUGGCAGUUUGUCAGACUGUCAUAGACUGACUCUCAGGCAGUUUGUCAGAGACUCCUGUGACUCUUACUAGGUUGUUGCUGUAAGUGAGAAUGUGAUGUGUUCACUUCUCAGUCUAGAGACCUGGUUAAAUAAGGGUUAUAUAGAAGACAUAAAAUAGAGACUGGGAAAGGGAGUGAGAGAGAGACUACACUGGUGGCUACACUGCUCUGAUGAUAAAUGAAUGACGGCAGGAUUGAGAAAUCCCAAAAGGACCAAAAACACUGUAGUUCUGAAGUGUGUGUGUGAGAGAGAGUAUGUGCUGAGUGGUUGUAAUGGAUGCAUUUGGUCCUUGAACAGCUGAGAGUAAAUAGUGCUUUAGUGCAUUUGCGGUGUGUUUGCGUGUGUGUUUGCGUGUGUGUGUUUGCGUGUGUGUGCGUGCGUUGGUCUCUCGUCUAGACCUCACCAUGGAAACCCUAGAUGUCUUUAACACUCAAAAAGUAAACCUACUAAACCUAAAUCUAUGAAUAUUCAUGUAUCAAUGGAUUUACUAACCUCUUCUUCUCUAGACAGAAAACAAGACAAAAAGGAAUGAUUAUUUCUACAGUCAAGCCAUACACUUCAAUACCUCUCAUAUCCUUCUAUUCAGGUACAGCUGAAUGAUUUGUCUAUUUCUGUGUGUUGUACAGCAUUAUGUAUAAAGACUUUAAUAUUCAACUGGACAUAGUAUACAUAUAUAAUAUACAUGAAGAGAGAACUAUAUUCCUCUUUGUUGCUCUUUACGUUGUUAUUUUUUCAAUGACUGUUGAAUAGUUAUUUUGGCUUAGGGGGAGGAGCUUUAAGACUUCUUCUCUUUCUGCACUGAGUACAUUGUGGAGAUGGGAUGGGGUCCAUGAGGGGUAAAGCUGUAAAUAUGCGACGGGAUGGGUUCAAGUCCCAUUUUGGGGGUUAGUGUGGAUUUAGUGACCGGGGAUGUUUUUAUAAGAAAAGUGGAAAAUGAUUUUUUUGUUCACAUCAUCAUUGGUCUGGUUUUGUAUAUUGUUCUUCUAGGUUUUAUUGUCUAUAAUAAUGUUGCUUAUUCUCCUGUGGGGGUUUCAAAUGUAGAUUUCUUUGUUUUUAGAAAUACUGGAAAGAGUUUUUUCUAUUCGCUGAUCCUUAAAGGUCCAGACUAGAGAGUUCUAGAUGUUCUAUAUCUAUAUAUUCCUAGAGGAAAUCUAUGAAAAUUUAUCUGGCCUAAAAAAAUACUAAACCAAAGCGCAUCUAUGUUUCGUUUCAUCACAUUAGAAUGCAAUAUGAAGAAAUAUAAAAAUAUGAAAAUAUUCAAUAAAAUCUGAAUUCGGAGAUCCCUGCGAUCAUAUUCAAGUAGCACACCUGGGUUUCCCUCCUACCUGUUGGCAUAGGACAUGGCUUAACGUUCACCAUCAUGUUGCCAUGGGAACACAGCAACUUUAUCUUCCUGCACGUAGCUUGGCUGUUGCACUUGAAGGCUCCAUGACAACCAUAUGGCAUCUCAUGACUGUGAAGGACAAUCAAAGCCAAUCAAAAGAGGGGAAUGUCUAAAAAAAAUAAAUGAUUAAGGAUCCAAUCAAAAUUGUGCUUAAUCUUUUCACUUUUCUUCCUGCUUUGCCAAAAAUGUGUCUUUCUGUUUUUAUUUUUAUUUCACCUUCCACCCUUUCCUGCAGUUAUACAUGCCUGGGAUGACUGUGUUUUCAGUGUUGGGGUUUUCACAAGGAGAACAUGAAUGCCUUUUCAUAUGAGACGUACAUGAGCUGACUUUUUUAAACAACAUUGUUGCUGUAACACUAUGACGCAAAAGCUUAAAAUAAAUCUAACGUGAACAUCCAUGUUAUAUUACUUUUUGUAGGUCUUUAAACAAUAUUUUAAAAGCUGUAUUUUCUUAAAGAAACACUGGAUUCAGUUCUAAACAUCACAUUGGGUGAAGUGACAUCAUCUUUUUUGAGACCAACUGGAAACGACUUACUUUGUAGGUUUGGUAUAUAGUUUGUGACAAUUGUCUCAGUCAUUGUUGGAAAUAUGACUAAAAUAUUUCCCCUGUGUAAAAAACAAAGUUAUUUAUCUUAAUUUUAUUGCCUUUCUGUUGCAUUUAAUUAAUAAAAAAAUGCUCAAAAUGCUCAAAUCUA